AUGAAUCACGUCGGCAGAACGCCAUGUAUUGUAAAAAUUCAAAUGUCACGCGCUGCUACAAGGGUUCCACCUGGUACGGCGUCUUCAGAAACUCGGCUGGCGGCAGUUGGAAUGGCCAGCCAGCUCAUCGGUCAGUGCGAGCGUUUAGGUCAAAAUGGCGCAAGAGGUCGGAUAAGGUGAGCGGCUUGGGGACUCCGCUGCGUUUGUUUACCGCCUGCUUCUUAUCACAACCACACUUCCGCGCCUCGUUUUUCGUUAACUUUCCAAAUAGCCGUCACUGUCAUCCACCGACUCCACAUCGUCUCUUGAGCCUUUUAUGUCCAAGUUCAUCUUUCCCCGGGAUUUUUUUUCGAAUCUUUUUACAGUUUCGUAUGAACCCGGUUACCAUAUGUCUCUGUUAAAAAUCAACCUUUUUCAAUUUGGAACUAAAAGUUCUUCAAUGAGCCGUGAGUCUGACCGCUUUUGCCUAUUUUCAAACAGAGAAAAAAAUCUGAUAAAGAAAGGUGUUCUGUUUCUUAUUUAUUGCAGACUCCAUUGUAUCCUAUGAAAAAAAAACUGGAGAUCUGCAAUUUUUUUCAUUCAAAAAAGAAAAACAAGGAACGCAAAAUCUGCAAAUUAGGUCUAGUGAAGGAUCAUCAGGGAGGCUAAUACCAGAAAAGAGCGUCUGAAAAUCCAGCUUCUCAAAUUUUCCAGAGAUCUUUGCUUAGCUCCUCAUUGUUUCCUUUAAAACCAAGUUUUUUAAAUUGUUUUUUUGAUUAAUCAAACAUUUUCGAAAUCUCGAAAGGGAAAAAAAGUGUUCAAGAACCUUCAUACUAUGUUCGUUUCCCUUAGAAACCUUGAAACUUGGAUAAGAAGCGCCACUAUUUCCCGCACAAUUUCUUUCUCCCAGUCAGAACGGUUGAGUAAUGUGCCGGCCAACAGGACGUACAGCACCGUCUGGCUGCUGACUAACAGACGUCCGACUUUGACAUAUGAAUGUGUUGGAAAUUGGCGCCUAUGAAUAAUACGCGACGGCGGCGGAACCACCUCAACGUCCCAAAAGUUUGGUGUUUGACACCAACUUCGAUCAAAAUGCAGAUGAGCCGGCGUGUGAAGGAUUGCGCAAUCAGCGUUUAUCGGCUGGUUCGUCCAUUAAUUGGACAUAGACGAAGCGACCAGCGGCGAUUGUUGUGUGUGCGUAAUCCGCACGGUGUGCCACGGCCUGUUACAUACUGUUUGCUGUAUUUGGACGCCGCUCAUCGAGCUUCUGCCCGACCUCCGACGGCUUUCAGUCGUUUAUGAAUAUUAAUAUUACGUCAUUCCGGUCCAAAAGUCGCAAGAUGCCUUUGCGCAGAUGCACGUUUCCUUUUUAUCUGCCUCGAAAAAUGUGUGAUCUGACUAACAUCCGAGCGGCUCGUUUUGAUCUUUUGCUGUCCUCCUUGAGGUGGCACCUGCUUUCCAUACUUUGACUUUUUCAUAUAGUGCAAUCCUCAUCAUCCCAUCUGUAGCUCAGUUCGCAGCGACUGAAGUUUGAGAGUCUCUUCCUAGUUCAAUAUGGAUCUUUUAGAAACUUCUUUUUGUUAAAAAAUGAAUAUUCAUGUUCAAACUGCCCGAGAAAUCUUGAAGUUUGGCUUGCAUUUCAAAUUAUAACACUUUGUUUCCAAAUAUCUCUCUGAUUGAACUUGAUUAAUUUCUCGAAAAGCUGCAAGAUUUUACAGCAUGGUCAUAAAUUCUCAAAAAUAGAACUUUUUUUCUUUGAAAAAAACAAAAGCAAGAAGUUUUUUUCAUUAUGAAAAAAAUCGGAAUUUGUUCCAAAUUUGUUAAUUUUUUUGGUAAUUCAGAUCUAUUUUUUUAUUUACUCCUCUUCAUUCUCAAUUUUCUGAAAGCAUUUUAGGAGAAAGUGAUAGUCAAAAAAAUCAGUCUUUUUUUUUGAAUAAUAGUUCAUGAAAUUUUCUUUCGUUCUAUAUAAUUUUAUCUUUCACAGAGUUUCUAGAACCUUUCCGAAAAAUGAAUGAGUUCAGUGGGAACAACAUGUGAAACCCUUUUUUUCUUUGAAAACUAUCAAAAAAGUAUUCAUGGCUUCUUGUUUUUGUUCCAUCCUCAUGAUCCUUCAAAUAACUAAGUUUUCGAGUGAUUUUUUUUCGGUAUGGAAGAAGUUUCCAUUGUUCGGUUUUUCGUAACUUGGUCUGAAGCAGGACUUUCUUCAUAAACGCCGGAAAUGGACCAACGGGUCACCUGCUGCCGUGUGGUGCGGCUACUCAGAGCUAUUGAUCUCAGAACGCCCAAGGCGUUUUUUGCUCGUUCCCGUCGUCUGGCAGUUGACGACACGGUGGUCACUGGCGGUCAGUUGCCAAGCAGCGGCGAGCGACGUGGAAAAUAAACUCGCCGAUUUCUCAGUCGCUCCUCGCAGAUAUUUUUACUUUCUAUACAACGGCCGUCUCGGCACUUCUUCGAGGCCUGUCACGCUUUAA